AUGCUGGCUGUUCGGUUCCAUGGACGCGGAGAUAUUCGCGUGGACAAGGUAGAGAAUCCACAAUGCGGCAAAGGCGAAGUCAAGUUGAAACCAGCAUAUGUGGGAAUAUGUGGCAGUGAUCUACACGAAUACACCUCUGGGCCAGUUCUCGUUCCAAAGUCAGAGCAUCCUAUAACCGGAGAGAAAUCGCCUGUCACCAUGGGCCAUGAAUUUAGCGGAAUUAUCGAGGAGGUCGGUGAGGGUGUUACUCAAUUCUCUCCUGGUCAACGCGCUGUCGUUCGACCCACGAUAUACGAUGAGACCUGUGCGGCUUGUACUCAAGGAUCGCGACACUGUUGCAAGAAUAUUGGGUUCAUUGGCUUGAGUGGAUAUGGAGGUGGAAUGGCAGAGUAUAUCGUCGCUCCAGCUAGCCACUACUAUCUUCUUCCGGAUAAUAUCUCAUUCGAAGAUGCGUCCCUCGUCGAGCCUCUUGCAGUUGCGUGGCACGCUGUUAAACGAGCGCCAUUCAAGUCAGGGAACAAUGUGUUAGUGCUAGGCGCCGGGCCGAUUGGAAUCGGAGCAGUGCAGGUGUUGAAGCUCAAAGGUGCGAACAAUAUCAUAGUCGUUGAGCUCCUGCAAAACCGCAAAGACCUUGCUAGACAAUACGGCGCCACACAUACCCUGGAUCCUAAAGAAACAGACAUACCGAAGGCCGUCAACGACUUAACCGGUGGCCGCGGAGUGGAAAUAGUUUUCGAUACCGCUGGAGUCGAAAUUGCUCUGAACGGUAUCAUCGACGCGACUCAAGUCCAGGGUACAAUUGUGAAUAUUGCCGUGUGGGAGGAACGACCGGCUACCGAUGUCAAUGAUCUCAUGUAUCGGGAAAUCAACUACAUGGGAGCAACGCUUUAUGAUGAGGCGUCGUUUAAAGAAGUUAUUGAGAAUUUGCAUACUGGGAAACUCAAACCCCACGCAAUGAUCAGUACCAAGAUCAAGUUGCAAGAUGCAGUGGAGAAGGGUUUCAAGAAGCUUAUUGAGUCGCGGGACUCCUACUGCAAAAUUCUGGUGGACCCCCAGAGUGCAUGA